CUCUCUAAAGCUGUGGGGAGCCAAAGUCCAGCCCUGAGCAAGGUCUUCUGACUCAGCAAGAUGUCACUGUUCAAAAGGAUGAAGCUGCUGCUAUUCCUGGUUUCCCAGAUGGCCAUCAUUGCUUUCUUUAUUCUCCUGUACCCCCACUACUUCAAACCCCCGCCCCCUGAAGAGGAGCCCAAGCCCAAGCCCAUGCAUGUAUUAGUUCUAUCUUCAUGGCGCUCAGGCUCUUCUUUUGUGGGGCAGCUUUUUGGACAGCACCCAGAUGUCUUCUACCUGAUGGAACCUGCAUGGCAUGUGUGGAUGACCUUUAGUCAGAGCAGUGCCUCCAGACUGCAUAUGGCAGUGCGGGAUCUGAUACGAGCAGUCUUCCUGUGCGACAUGAGUGUCUUUGAUGCCUACAUGACUCCUGGACCCCGACUGCAGUCCAGCCUCUUUAUGUGGGAAACCAGCAGGGCCCUGUGUUCCCCGCCUGCCUGCAAUGUCUUCCUGCGCAAUGAGAUUAUAUCCCAGCCCCAGUGCAAGUUGAUGUGCAGCAAGGAGCCCUUCGAGGUGGUGGAAAAGGCCUGCCGCUCUUACAGCCACGUGGUACUCAAGGAGGUACGCUUCUUCAACCUGCAGGUGCUCUACCCGCUGCUGAGAGACCCCUCUCUGAAUCUGCACAUCGUGCACCUGGUGCGUGACCCCCGGGCAGUAUUCAAGUCCCGGGAACACACUACACUAGAACUCUCAAUCGACAGCAACAUUGUGAUGGGGCCAGAGUGGAAGAAAAGCAACAAGGAUCAACCUUACGAAGUGAUGCAGGUUAUCUGCCACAGUCAGCUGGAGAUCUACAAGGCUGUGCAGUCCCUGCCCAAAGCCCUGCGGCAGCGCUACCUCCUCAUGCGCUAUGAGGACCUGGUCCGGGACCCUGUGCGUCAGACGGCGCAACUGUAUGAAUUCACAGGGUUGAAAUUUUUACCCCAUCUCCAGAACUGGGUGCACAAUAUCACACAGGGCAAGGGCAUGGGGGACCAUGCCUUUGCCACAAACACCAGGAAUGCCCGUAAAGUCUCCGAGGCCUGGCGCUGGUCCUUGCCUCAUGAAAAAGUUUCUCAAAUUCAAGAACUCUGUGGCCAUACUAUGAAUUUGCUGGGCUACCGCCUACUCAAAUCUAAACAAGAACAGAAAAAUCUGUCACUGGAUGUUCUGUCAACUUGGGCCCCCUCUAAGCAAGAUGACCAGGAGGGCUAAGGAAGCU